GCAUUGGUAUCUUGACAAGGUGACUCGACGACUCGCCUUCCAUUCCAUCUAGAGACAGACAAGCAUCCAGGCACGCAAGCAAGGCUGACGUGGUGAGUUGUCCGGCCUCGCCGCCAAUUUAAUACUACCCCACGCCCGCAAGCAACCAUCAAACCCAGACAUUGUCGUCUCAACAAGCCGGACCACAUGCCUCUUUCCCGCAACUAGGACUCAGAUCUGUCCUCUCCACCACCACUUUUUAUUUAUUUACUUUUGUUUUAUUUUACUUUCUCUCCUUCAUUCUCUUUUCCCUCAAGGUAGUUAGGUACACACUAUCCACCUUUACGAGCCCAGUCAACCUCUCCUUUUCGUCGUCGCUACCAUCCCCCCCUGUGCCUGUUCGCUCGUGACCGCGCGCCCGCCUCCACCACUUCUGAAACGGCCUGACGCAACCCAGGGGCUUCGCUCUCGACCCUCAAUCCUCGACACUCGGGCCCCUCUUCGUCCUCUUCUCAUACAGGUACACCACUCACGCAUUGCGCCAGUCUGUUCUACGUUCUGUCCACUUGCAUCCGCGGGAGCCCGGCCUUCACCGCGUCGUCUCCAAACAGAAAGGUUUACCCCUGGCUGCGUCUCCACUGCUUCGAGAAAUUCCAUCGAAGGACCACCAUCCUUCCGAUUCAUCCUCACACACACACACACUCAGAACGCCCUGCCAGAUCAACCGGGCACACCCUUCCACCCCUCCAAGGUCGCACGAUUGGCACCUCGCAACCGACUUGCUUGUUUACUCCUUUACCCCCUACCAUCUCCUUUUGACCACACGCCUGCCUGCUCGUCCGUUAAUCGUCCCAUACAUAAAUCAAGCUCCUUUCCACCCCCGCGCCCGCUCGCAGCCCACGAUGUCGAACCCUACCCCAGCCCAGGAAGAAUUCAACGCGCUUCUAGCCGCAAACACUCGUGACGACAUCAGGACACACCCCGAGGAUCGCGACUACGACCACCGCGAACAAGAAAGCCUCGACCUGGACGAGGACGAGUCCUACCGCAACUCCCAAAUAGACGCCGCCAUGCGCAUGCCCACUCUUGGCCAGACCGGCCCCGGCCUGAAGCUGCCCCCGGCCAGCUUCGACGCAGGUCGCACGACUGGUGUUAAGGGCGUCAUCGCCGAUGCCCGCAACUACGAGAACGCCCGCAAGACCUCCUUCAUGAACCGCGCGCGCACAACGGUGCGCCGCUCCAUCUUUGGCCUGGACGGCCUCAACUCUCAAUCCCACCCAUCACACAAGAGCGAGAGCGAGACAGACGAGGGCAACGGCAGCGACUCGGACGACAGCUUUAUGCAGCAAUGGCGCGAGAGCCGCCGGAGAGAACUCGAGAGCGAGUCCAACAAGGUUAUCAGAAACCGCAGAACAAGUCCUAGUGUGCGGAUCUACGGACGCCUAGACGUCGUGGACGCCUUGGGUUACCUGGAUGCAAUUGAGAAGGUCGCACGGGACACCAUCGUCGUCGUUUUCGUCUAUGACCCAGAUUGUGAUGUAUCUGCGACGAUAGAGCACGCCAUGAUGCCGCUCGUUUCGCAACAUUCAACAGUACAUUUUGUCAAGGUGCACUACCUCGACAUCGAGUUUGAUAACGCUGCUGUACCGGCAAUCUUGGCGUACCGUAACCAGGGCGACAUGAUUGCUAACUUGACCGGUCUCAUCGAAAUGAUCCCUGACGACGAGAUGUUUGGCACCGACACGCUAGCACGUCUUUUCCACAAACACGACAUCCUAUGAGUCACAAGAACACGACGCAAUCAGCACAAAACAAAGGCAAACAACAUCCACCUCAUCUCUUCUGUUACGAUACCCCCAUUUGCAGCGGGUCAUGCAUUGCGAGCACGACGACAUCCCCUCUUAUCUUUUCCCCUUCCAUCUUCAUUUCUUUCCUUGGGCGGCCCUCUGCAUCGCUCGGUUCUU